GCCAACCCAAGGUGAGCCAAAUUUGAGAUUCAAAAACUAUAAGCAUUACAAGCAAGUUAUUCUCAACCAUUCAUCACAUGCAGCCACACAAAAAGCUCAUUAUCUGCAUAUAUAAAUGAUUCAGCCAAGCCCUGCAGUACCAUCAGUCGUUUCCCCUGUAUCUCUCAAACCACAUCAGAAACACAGAAGGCUGACGAAAAAUGUCAGACUGGGGUCCAGUUUUUGUGGCGGUGGUGCUGUUCGUGCUGCUCACGCCGGGGCUGCUGUUCCAGGUGCCGGGGAACAACCGGUGCGUAGAGUUCGGCAACUUCCAGACUAGUGGUGCAUCCAUUUUGGUUCACUCCCUGAUCUACUUUGCCCUCGUUUCUGUUUUCUUCCUUGCUGUCAAGAUUUGGGAAUAUAAGAGGGGGUACCCAUAGUGAUUUGCUUCUCAUAUAAAAAGGAACAUGCUUGUUGCUAGUUAGCGUAUCCUUGGGACAAAGGGACAAUAGAACCACUUGUCAACUACUGCAAACUUUGUUCAUGUAAAUCUUGGCCCGGUUCCUUUCUUAAUUUGGGUUUUACACAUCAAACAUGUAUGUUAUGAAUGAUAGUAAGGUUGAAAUAAUAAUGUGUUAUUAAAAUAGCAUAUGCAUA